ACAUUAAUUUAAAGCUAUAACAAAAGAGUAGGGAGUGUUUUUGAACUACCACUUUAACUUCUGUCUGUAAAUGUGACUUUUGUUCUCCCGCUGUUGACAAAACGUAUGCUAGCUGAGUUAGCUCUAUGAAUAAUGAGAUAUUCACCCGGUGUUUUAACACGUAUGUGCAAGAAGAGGCAUUGUGGCGUUCCCUUCCUCUUACAUGCUGCUUCACAACAGACCAAAUGUCUACAGGAUACGUGGACUCAUCACAUGCUCCUCACAGGUGCUUCAGUCACCCCGUCCACAGGUGAGGUAUAUGUCAUCAGAUAGAGGUGGUGGAAGAAAAGGUUUCCUGGGGGAGUUUCUGGACAAUCUGAAACAGGAGCUGAACAAGAACAAGGAAAUGAAAGACAACAUUAAGAAGUUCCGGGAAGAGGCCAAAAAACUGGAGGAGUCAGAUGCAUUGAAGCAAGCUCGAAGGAAAUAUAAAACGAUAGAGUCUGAAACGGUAAAGACCUCUGAAGUUUUUAAGAAGAAACUGGAAAACAUCUCUGAGACAGUGAAAGAGGGGCUUGAGGAAGUCAGUCGUACAGACAUUGGGAAGAAAAUCAAGGAGGGAAUGGAGGAAGCAGCCAAAACUGCGAAGACUUCAGCAGAGAGUGUCACGAAGGGUGGAGAGAAGUUUGGGAAGACUGGUGCAUUCAGAGCAAUAUCACAGGGCAUGGAAAGUGUCAAGAAAGAAAUUGGCGACCUGGGUCACACUGGUCCUUAUCGGCCUCCCCCCAAACUAAGGAAGAGAACAGAGUUCUCCUCGAAAGGGGCAGGGGACGACAGCAAAGUUUUUGAAGCUAACGAGGAGGCUAUGGGUGUGGUGCUGCAUAAGGACUCAAAAUGGUACCAGCAGUGGAAAGAAUUCAAAGACAACAACAUGGUCUUCAACAGGUUCUUCGAGAUGAAGAUGAAGUACGAUGAGAGUGACAACGCCCUCAUCAGAGCAUCUCGUGCCGUCACAGACAAGAUGACUGACCUCAUAGGUGGGCUGUUCUCCAAGACAGAGAUGUCUGAAGUAUUAACAGAGAUCCUGAAGGUGGAUCCAUCCUUUGACAAAGACUCUUUCCUCAAGCAGUGUGAACUAGAUAUCAUCCCUAAUAUACUGGAGGCGAUGAUCAGAGGGGAGCUGGAGAUUCUGAAGGACUGGUGUUAUGAAGCGACUUACAGCCAGCUGGCACAUCCUAUUCAGCAAGCCAAGGCCAUGGGACUUCAGUUUCACUCUAAGAUCCUGGACAUUGACAAUAUUGAUUUGGCCAUGGGGAAGAUGAUGGACCAGGGUCCAGUGCUGAUCAUCACCUUCCAGGCUCAGUUAGUCAUGGUUAUCCGAAAUACUAAAGGAGAGGUGGUGGAGGGAGACCCUGAUAAAGUACUGAGGAUGAUGUAUGUGUGGGCUCUGUGUCGAGACCAGGAGGAGCUCAACUCUAAUGCAGCAUGGAGACUACUCGACAUCUCAGCCUCAAGCACAGAACAGAUCCUCUGAGACUCUUUGAUACACACACAAAAACACUCACAACUCAGGAGAGAAUUACUGUACCUGAAGAGGCCCUGGAGCCGGCUGGGAAGGAAGAGAGGGAGAGAGGAAGGACAGAGGAAAUGAAAGGCUGACUGGUGGAAUAUGAGCUCACUUUUAAACAGAAAGAUUAAGAAGUAGUGAUAAAAGUUCUGCUUCACUCUUUCUGUUUUUUAAUAUCACAUUGGCUUCAGGUUAUGUUACUGCCAUCCAGAAAGCUCCUCUGAUUUACACUAGGGGGUGGUAGACUACCAACAACUCUCACCCAGUGUUCUUUCUGCAGUGCUCUGAAUGGCUGUACAGUUUUUCAAUCCCUACAGUGAAGGGCAACGGUUGUUGUCCUUUCACUGAUGAAUUUAGCGAUUUCGUUUCCAGGUUUAGCUUUCUAUUUAAAAAACAAACAAACAAGACAGAUGAUUUGUAAGUUCAGUCCUGAACAUCUUGUGGGUGUCAGUCUCUCUUUCUUCCUCUCUGAGAUCAUGUCAUGUUGUUGGUAGAUGGUUUUGUGGCCCAUCACCACUCUCCUAGAUACCCGUUUGUAUGAUAAUUGUCCAAUGUGAUUGUUAAACUGUGAGAAAGUUUAUAUUUAUUAUGACAAAUAAAGAUGAACCCUGUUUUUAACACUAGCCAACAUUUUUGAAAAUAAAUUUCUAUCAAUUUUUUUCACCCUCA